CUCACUUUGCACAAGGGCGAAGAAACGGGACUUUGAGGAGACAGGCACAAACAUGAGGAUGUUAACUCCUUUAGUUCUUGCUCUUACAGCAAAUUAUCUUUCAUUUGCCACUGUUGUCCAAGACUUCAAUCAUGUGGAGAGAUGUAAGGACUCACUUUACAUGGGGACACCGCCACGAGGGAUUAUUGAAAGUAAACUCAAGAAGAUCUGCCAACGCUACGCAGACAAACCUCGAUAUGUGACACUGUACGAUCCUCACAAACGGAUCCCAGUUUACUCAGCUUACACCUUUAAGAAAACAGAGGGAGACAGACGUGUGGACUACCCUUGGAUGUACGAACCACAGCUGGCAGAAAUCGACGGAAACGGGAACAUGUUGCCCUUCCCCAAUGGCUACCUCCACAUGAAGUUUGAGGACAGCCAAGCAGUGCUAGAUGACUACUCUGAUGUUGUCCUUUAUGAAAGAGGUCACUUAAACCCAGACCAGCACCAGUCCACUCCACACGACCGAGCUGCCACCUACACACUGACCAAUGUGGUCCCAGAGAUCAGGGAGUUCAACAUCGGACCAUGGCGCGAGUAUGAGGAGCGGAUCCGAGUGCGCCUCAAUAAUUUCUGCCGUGGCACUGCCUACAUCGUCACCGGAGUGACCACCAGGGGCAACAUGAUCCGUCGCAACAACCAAGACCGUGUGGCCAUCCCGGAAGAUGUGUGGUCCGCGUACUGCUGCACCGAUUAUGACCGCAACUCGCCCCACGACAUGCGCGUCCUCUUUCCGUCCCACGCGGCCCUGGCCAAGAAUGCCAAAGAGGGGAACAGUGUUCACGAGAUGACAGUGCAGGAGCUGGAGAUUUUUCUGAAAAACCACAUGGAUGUUGACCAAAACCUUCAGAUUUUCUAUGACAACUGCAUCUCUCCCUCACCUCUUCCACUUUACCUGCAGCACACCAUCUGAGGGAUUUCUGUUGGCUUUAAAAUUCAAACCAGCUUCAACAGUUAUUUUGUCCUAAGGAUCUCCUCAUAAGAAGAGGAAUUAAUAUUGUCAAAAUAAAAUAAAAAUAGAUAAUCUUUUCAUUGUAUAAAAAAUUGAAGGUGAAUUUGUUUUCUUACAUCUCUCUAGUUUGUUGCAACCAACAUGAUAAUGCUGUUGUGUGGGAGGUGAUGUGAAUUGAUUUAAUAAAAUAUCCUAAUUUACCAA